AUGUCUGGCACUGCAGAAGGCUCUGUCAAAACUGCAGUCUCACGUCCAGAGCUUCCGCGCUACUUCUGGCGUGAUCAAAGCCCUGCUCCUACCCGGAUUCGAUACAUUACAAAUCACCUGGAAGCAAAUUUCGAGUUGUCUCGGUUGGCCAUAGGACCUCUUGGUUUUGACCUAGAAUGGCGCCCCAACUACAGGAAGGGUGGGAGCGAGAACCCCGUAGCGCUUGUUCAGCUCGCUGGUUUCGACACCAUAUUGCUCCUGCAAAUAAGCGCUAUGUCAGAAUUUCCGUCGAAAUUGAGGGAAGUGCUUUGGGAUCCAUUGCGAGUCAAGGCCGGCGUUAGCAUUCAACGUGAUUGCCAAAAGUUGUAUCAGGAUUGGGGCGUUUCAACACGCAACUGCGUAGAGCUAGCCCUUCUUGCCCGUUCGGUCGAUAACGCCCGAUGGAAGGGAAAGUACACCAACCCACUUGGGUUAUCUCGCCUUCUUGAGACCUACGUGGGUUUCUCUUUGGCGAAGGGAAAGGUACAACGCAGCAAUUGGGAGCUCCGUCUUUCUUCAGCCCAGCAAGACUAUGCAGCGAACGACGCACGUGCUGGGUAUGCUAUCUAUACUCAGUUGAUCGCCUUGGCUCGAGAUGUGCCCAAUACAGACCCAUAUUACUAUUCUCUCAGUGUCGUGAAUGGCUUCGUGCUAGAUCACCUUGGGAUUUCUCAGUGGAUUCCCCACAACCCUUAUUACGAUCCAGGCCCGCCGCCUCCGCCCAAGGAACCGAAGGAACUGAAAGAGAGAAAGAAAACACCCAGAGCACCAACGUCGAGUGCCGUCAGUCAAGCCACAGGCUCGUCCGGAUCCUCUUCCCAGGACGGGACCAGUAUGAGAAAUGACGGACAGGGUCCUCUACUUGGCACCAGUGUCCCCGCUGCCCCUGUCGUGAACUCACGAGCAGGGGCUUUCCAUCGAAUUCCUCGUAAUCGCCCUACUUCCACCCAACGGCCUUAG